AUGACUCUGUCGUUAAAGAAACGCGUGAAAUCAUCAUCGAACAUUUCUUCUUUUGCUAAUGAUGAUACCAAUGCAUUAGGUGAAGUUCUUCAUCGUUCGACUAAAACAUCUAAAUCAGCGAAGAAAUCAAAGAAAUCCAAUCAAUUUUUACAUCCCGGUCUUAUUUAUAAUCCUGAUAGCGAUUUUGAAAUUAAAUCACGGUCAUCAUCAACUGAACGUUCAAUGAUUUAUAGAAGUAAAUGUCCAUGUGAGUCACAUUAUGAAAAACGAUUAGUUGAAUGUAAUUAUGAAUUAAUUGCUGAUAAAUUAUUUGAUUUAAUAUUUGGUAAAAAUGAAUUUAUUCGAACAUAUAGACAAGCUCAACGUAUUUACGAUGAUACAGCAACUGAAUGGACUAUUAAUGAAGAAACUGAAUGUCAAGAACGAACACUCACUUAUAAAGUACCAUUGGAAUCUACAUUAAUUGGAAAAGGAAUUAUUUCAACACGUGAAAAACAAAAAAUUUUACAUAAACAAGCUGGUUCUCAUUACGUUAUUGAAGCUGAAGUAUUCAAUAAUGGUGUUAAAUAUAGUGAUACAUUUUCUCUAGCUAUACGUUAUUGUAUUGUACAAACAUCUGGAACAACAACUAAUUUACGUAUUAGUGCCCAUGUUCGUUUUUGUAAAUCAGUUAUUGGUUUCAUAAAACGUUCGUAUUGUUUUUUUCGUACUCUAUUAUUUAUUAUCAUUUCUUCUUUUAUUUUUAAUUUGGUUUCUUUUGCAGAAAUUAUUGAACGAAAUGCAUAUUCAGCAUCACAAGAAAGCUUUAAGGAUUUGAAUAAUCGUCUUCAACUUAUUAGUAAUUUUAAGAAGGAUAAACAUCGAAAAAGUCUAGGUGAAAUUACAUUGCCGGUUCCAUCACUAACAAAUGGAGACGGUCGUCGUAUGAGUCGACAUGAUGCACUUGGUAUUACACCAGCAAAUCAAUUAUUGAAUUAUGAUGAUAAAAAUCAAUAUGCAACAUCAAUAUUUUCUUAUCCAAAUAAAACUGUAUAUUUUUUUAUUUUUAUAACUGCUUUUCUUUUGUUCAUUCAUUUAUAUUUAUAUUUUAAACUUAAACAUAUGGAUGUUCUUGUUGAUAGUUUAGCACACUUGAUAAAAGUAUCAUCAUCAUCAUCAUCAUCAGCAAAACGUCGCUCAUAG